GUACGACGUUAAAAUUGAGUUAAAGAUGUCAGCUACUUCUGUACAGUCUGGCUGGAGCGUAGAAAACACAGUGGUGAAUCUACCGCGGGAGCUGGUUGACUCUACGAUGUAUUUUAAGUAGUUUUAACUGUUAGCCCGGUACCAACGUUAGCCCGGUACCAACGUUAGCCCGGUAACGGUGACGUAGUUCGGUUCGUUGUCUCGUGCGCUGUUGUGUAAACAUGGAGCAGACGGCCAGCGUCAACGCAGAGCCCGUUCAACGCCCUGACACUAACGGUACUUGCACACAAUGGCGCAACCGGAGUGGAUUUUGGCUCCUUGGAUUGUGCAACAACUUUGCGUAUGUGGUCAUGCUGAGCGCUGCCCACGACAUCCUCCAAAAACAAGAGUCCCAAAACGGCACGUUACCUACUUCAGCCACAUCGGCCGUGGAAUUCCAAGGGGGAAACAGUAGCAACAGUAGCCGCUAUGACUGCAAUCCUGUCUCCACUGCGGCUGUGCUGUUAGCUGACAUCCUCCCAACGCUCGCCAUCAAGUUGUCUGCUCCCUUUGUGAUCCACAAACUGCAUUAUGGUUUCCGAGUGUUGUUCUGCACCAUCAUGGCAGCAACCAGUUUCCUCCUCGUGUCCUUCUCCUCAGCCGUGUGGAUGAGCAUUCUAGGUGUGAUCUUCGCCAGUAUCGGCGCUGGACUGGGAGAACUGUCCUUCCUCUCUCUCACCGUCUACUUCAGCAGGGACAUGCUGGGAUAUUGGGGCUCAGGCACCGGCGGCGCCGGAGUGGCCGGAGCCUUCCUCUACUCGAUCCUCACUCAAGCCGGCCUGUCUCCCCAGGUCACGCUUCUCCUCAUGCUGGUGGUGCCGGUCGCUAUGUUGCUUAGCUAUUUCCUCUUGCUGGUUCUCCCGCCUUCAUUGCCUCAGUGGAGGGUCAGGGAGACGGAGUACACGGCUGUGGGCUCAGAGGACAGACGGGCGCUGAUGGAUGAGUCGGAGGAAGAGGAGCAGGAGAAGUCAACACCAGCAGAGGACAGGACCGCCGGACCGCUCGCCUUCACAGAGAAACUUCAUGUCAUCAAAGGCCUGCUGAGGUUCAUGUUCCCCCUGGGACUGGUCUACUUCGCUGAGUACUUCAUCAACCAGGGCCUGAUGGAGCUCCUGUAUUUCCCCAAAUUCUUCCUGUCCCAUGCAGAGCAGUACCGCUGGUACCAGACGCUGUACCAAGUUGGCGUGUUGGUGUCUCGGUCGUCGCUGUGCUGUGUGAAGAUCAAGAAUCUGUGGGCUCUCUCUGUGCUUCAGGUGGUGAACGCGGUGCUGCUCCUGUUCGCAGUGCGUUUCCAGUUCCUGCCCAGCUUCUGGCUGGUGUUCGUUAUCGUCCUCUACGAGGGCCUGCUGGGCGGAGCUGCGUAUGUCAACACCUUCUACUUCAUCAGCAAGGAGACCGGAGACAGACACAGGGAGUUCGCCAUGGCCGCCGCCAGCGUAGGAGACAGUCUGGGCAUAGCUUUGGCCGGAAUCACCGCAUUCCCCGUCCACAGAUACUUCUGCUCCCUCUGACCUCAGCCCACACACCGACCAGCAGGGUGAACAAGCAGGACGUGGGUGUGUUCUAUUUACAAAGAGAGACUUUACUCCUACAUGAAAAUAUGACGAGCGGUUUUCAACAGGAAGGCACGGUAAAAGUGUCCUUAACCAAUCCAUGUGUUUGGAGUUUGCUCGUUUGCACAAACUGCACUAAGAGACUAUAAAACUGAUUGUGCAGAAAUAAUAGGUCAACGUCCGGUUUGGGUCCACAAGAUGAAGAAAUGCGGAACGAUUAUAACACACAUCUCAGAGCAACCAAGCGUUUAUUUAAUCAUCCGAAUAUUUGCAACAUUUAGUUUUUUUUAAAUACCACCUAACGUAUUUUUAUCACAUAGUUUGAAGAGAAUACUUCAAUAUAUUCCUGUAAGAUAACAGUCAUUUUACUGACCUUUACUUAUUAUUUAUGAUGAUGUUAAGUGUUUACCUCUCACUGCCUUUGCACAACAUGACCUAGUGCCACUUAACAACACAACAACACUUGUGUGACGAUGAUGAGACGUUUCAUAUUUAAUCUCUGUUACGCCGUUAUUACAUUUUGAUGUUGAACACCACCAAAAAGUACUGACUGUUGACAGCCCCAUGACAUUCAUUUUUGGCGUCAUGGUAACAGAGUUUCCUCUUUGAACGAGGAGAUCCAGAGGUUAGAAGAUGAAAUAGUUUCAUAGUGCCUUGUGUAUUCUUCAAUCGGGUUAUUGCUGACUGACAUGUGUUUGUUAUGUUGUUUAGCUUCUCAGUGACUGGAACUGUUUGCCUUUUACUAGAACGGUGUACCGGAGAUAACAGACAUCAAUGCUUAUUAUUUUAAAUGAAGUCAGUGAAAGGGUGUCGCAACAAUCGACAAUAGGGACAUAUUUCAGGGUAUGCCUGUCAACAUGGUUUAUUUUUUGUGAUGCAAUUUAAAAUUUUCCAUACUGGUGGUUAGACUGAGGAUAGCAUUAACAUCCAUCUGUAAUACUGCACAUGGAUCAUAAGCACUCGUAUAUUAUUAUAUUCAUCGACUGCCCGACAAAGGGCUCUUAUGUUCCCCUCCAGUCUUUAGAAUAACCCCGCCUCCCUUCCUCCAGCCCAUAAGACAACCCAACACACCAACAAAAAAAAAGAAGAAAAAUGGAAUAUUGAAAUAUAUUUAUAUAUACCAGUAUAAAAAGGAAAAUAAAUACAAAUAAUAAUCAGUUGCAAAUGUCAAAACAAUGUAGACCAUAUCUUGGUAAUAGUUUACAUAUUUGUAUAUAGUCACGGAUGCUAUAUCACAGUCUGGGUUAUACAACUAAACCUAUAUUACGCCAGUGUGUUGUAGAAGGUGUUGACUGUAUUUCCCUUUGAUGUCUAAUAAUGAAAGGAUCCACUGGGGGGGGCUUCCACCUUCAUACUCCCACGUUUUUGGCAGCUGUCAGACCUAAAAGUAGAAGUCUAAUGAGAUUUCUUAGCAACACUUCCUGCAUCAUGAUUUAGAAGUAAAACACAUGGUAAACUAGGAACAUAGGUUCUGUUUUUUUUGUUUUUUUUCACGUGACUCCAUGAGCUUAAUAUCCCAAGAACAUGUUUUGUUCCAAAAAUCUCAAUAUUACUAUACAGUUAGUAAUUAUUAUAAUCAUGUACUUUGUCCAUAUACACACAGCCUGUUUUCUCUUAAACGUGCACAUUCCUACUGAAAUUGUACCUACAACCUUCAUGUUGUAUUACGCUGCUACUGUUGAACUUAGUUGCAACUUACUGAUUGGGUUUUUAAGCCUGUGCUUUUUUUAAAUUUCAUUUUUUUAAAUAUUUUAAGUGUGAAUCAAAGGCUUAAAAAUUUGACAGAAAAUGGUUAAUUAUCAUGUAAAAUACAAAAUGUAAAUAAAUUUGCAAGUGCAAUUCCA